GUUGUUUCACCCUACAAUAUAUUGGGAAUACUUAUUAUUGGAAAAUGUACAUAGUAUGAUGAUGUGCGUUACUUAUGACUGUAAUUAUCAAUUUACGACAACUAGAGGAUACUUGACCUCUAAAGGUCGUGACGCUAAAGAACGUAUAGUUUUUAAAUUCCACAAUAUAUUCUGCGCAAUUAUAAGUUUAUAACUGUUGUGCUUUAACAUUACCGUAACAUCUACCUACCUCACUAUAAAGUUUACAAAAUAGGCACCUUCAGAAAUCUUCAAGAAAAUAUUUUCUCAGAAUCUGGUAGGUUUUCAGUCUGAACAAAAGGCAGUUUUGACACCGGUAGACAAAGGCAGUAGUGUAUGCAUCACCUUUAAUUAAAUAAUGGGUCAUUCGGGUGAUGCUUCGCUAAAUUUACCUAACGUGUACAAUAAAUUCAAAGCAUGCGCAAACGGUGAUAACGUUCUGCUCCCUGAGUAUUGUGAAGCAUAUACGGAGGUUUCUAAACUUCUCGUAUACUUUGGAAAUCUUUUUUAUUUCGUGACCAGUGAUGUCAAUCACAAAAUUUCGGAACUCCGCGACCUGUAUGCGGCAGAUAAAAUUAAUUAUAAAUCUGUCGAGCAAAUGGCUGUUUAUGAGGAAAAGCAGAAUGAACACCUUCCAGUUAAAAAGCGGAAAUGCAUCGGUUCCCGGACACUUCUCCGACUCCACCGGGCUCUUCUCUUUGUGAUCGAUUUAAUGCAAGAAGUUUGCAGAGCGCCACCGGAUGAACAAUUGAAGGUUAUUGCUCGGUCAGUGUACGACAAAACCCUCUCUCAAUAUCAUCCAUGGCCUAUUAGGAAAGCUGUUGGAGUUGCUGUUUAUGCUCUUCCUACGCGGGAACAUUUGGUUCAUCAUAUCGUCCAAUCUCAACCCCCUGGGAGUGGUUUGCUUACAAAUGAACAAUGUGCAGAGUUUCUCACUUCACAUGCUUUACCUGUAAUGCGCAAGGUAUAUGACUGUAUUCAAGCUAUUUUCGAGAAACACGAUAUGCUAAAUUUACCAUAGUUAUCUUGAUGUAUACUAUUUCAGAACUUAAUAUUGUUGUACUUCAAAAACAAUACUCAAAAAGAUAAGUCUUAAAGAAAUGAAAAUUAUUUUCGUAUGUAGAAGUUAUUUUGCUUUCGUUUUAUGUUUUAUUUCUAUAUUCUUAAUUUACGAUACUAUGUGGUUUCCAAUGACGGCAUAUUAGUCUUUAUAAAUUGGUUAAUUAUAACACUUCCUCACACAUUUAGAAAUCUCUAUCAUUUCUGAGAUUUUUAAACAUUGAUUCAUAUACCUUGCUUACAUUUUCAGUAGAUUCUAGUUUGUUUUGUACUCAGUUCUCUUCAAAACAUCUAAAAAUACUUAGAAACAAAUGAUGUUUUUCACUUAACUGUAUUUAUUGUAUCAUAAGUACAACUGUAGCAAAGCAGACAAAUGUGUUUGUUGUAUUUUUUAUUAUAAUCAGAAUGGGGUUUGUGAAGGUUGUAAUUUUAGUAGUUGGAUUCAGUGGUG